AUGCCGCCAGUCGUGUUCGUGGGGCUUCUGGUUGCUUUAUACGUGUGGAAGUGCAUGAUGCUAGUUGUGUUCCAGAACAAGAUCAUAUAUAUGCCCGGAUUCCCUCCCAACUCACGAUGGGAGCUCAUCGACAACUACGCUGACCACUGCGGUGGAAUUAAGUGGACGAAUGAGAGGAUUCAAGCGGCGGAUGGGACAGACCUGGCAAUGGCCGUUACAACCGUCCCGAUGCAAAAGGGGAAGUUUCCUACAGAUAAGAAGGAUGCGAGGGCCCAUGUAUAUGUUCUUUACUUUCAAGGUAACGCCGCUUCGAUACCGCCACGAUUGCCGGAUCUGUCAUGGGUGCUUCGAAACGUCAGUGACAGCCACAACCCGGACCUGGCACCUCUACAGAUGACUUUUGUUUGCCUGAGUUACAGAGGUUACUGGACAUCCCGGGGCCGGCCCUCGGAAGCUGGUCUCAGGCGAGAUGCUGAAGCCGGUGCGCGCUGGAUUUCCGAAUAUCAUAAACAACUGUAUGGACCAGACAGGGAUGCUCCUGUACCCAUCCUUCUGCUCUGGGGACAAAGCAUCGGUUGCGGUGUGGCCACCAACCUUGCUGCGACAGGCAAGAUUCCACAGAAUUUGCCAGUCCGAGGCUUGCUCCUCGAGACCCCGUUCUUGUCGGUCAGGGCCAUGUUGGAGACGCUCUACCCUCAAAAGUGGCUCCCAUACAAACACCUUUGGCCGUUCCUACGCAAUCAUUUGGAUAGUUGGACAAAUAUGGAAACCAUUGCCAAGGCGGCGAGGGAAAAGGGAAGUCCGCCGCCAAGUAUGUACAUCCUUGAGGCCGAAAGAGACGAGCUAGUUCCCCCAGAACAUGCCGAGCGUCUGCUCGAAAAAUGCCAGGACCUAGGCUUGCCGGUUGAACGGGUCAAGUCCCCGGCGGCAUUUCACAGCGAUGCCAUCAUGAGAGUCGAAGGCAAGAGACUAGCUGCCCUUGGCAUUGUGCGACUGACCCAGAAAACAUUGGAUGUCGGCUGA